AAAAUAUUUCACACGUAUUUUUUUUUAUCGGCAAUCGUUCAUGUUGAAGGGGUAAAAACAACCCCUAAAGUUUGGGGUGAAAACCAUGUUUUUUUAAAUAUCUAUAAAACUAGAGGAGCUAGGACAAAAAUUUUUGUUUUUAAAUAUGCGCUUUUGAAUGGGUGAUUUAUGUAUGCCAGAAGAAAUUGUUUAUUUAUUUAUUUAAACAAUUUAUUUUUGAAAAAAUGGUUUUUUUUUGUUAAUUUAUGUUACUAAAUAUUGUUUCUUAUUGAUGAAAAUUUUUAUGUGUAAACUAUAGGUUAUAAUUAAGGAUACAUGUUCUUGGAAAUUUUGAUUUUCACCAUAUAACAAUAAUUAUAUUGAAUGGGGAAUUCUUACUUCUGCACCAAAAAUGUGACAUCUUUAUCAGUUUUUUUCUCAUAAAGUAUGCAAGAUUUUAAUUUGAAAUUUAACCCACGUCUCUAGUAUUAUUUUAGUAUGAUGUAUAAAUUUUUAUGGAAAGAUUUGUCGAAAAAUAUUAAUGUUACAGUCCGUUGAUCGUGACGCUGCAAUAAACACAUUGGCCACUGGUUGACUUAAUUUCUACUGUUCAAAUGAACCGAAGUAAAUAAAUCAAUUAGCGUUUUAUUCAAUAUGAAUGUCGUUAUCCUCUAGCGAAAAACAAAAUCAAAAGUUAAUUUUCGAGGUAUUAACUGUAUGUGUACGUUGCGUAGCAUGUGUACUCGUGACUUCACCAUGUUUCUCAAGUGAAUAGCGUGUUCAAGCGGUUAAGGCGUCGGCUAUCGUUAUGCUUGUCCCGUGUUCGUUUCCUGAAAACUUUUUUUUUUCUUGUUAAUUUAAAUAUUUUCAUGCUUUAAUUAUUUUAUUAUAUACUCGUUCCGUCGACCAUUUCGUCCGAGCUAAACGAACGGAAUGUUCCGUGGCGAUCUCGUUCAGAAAAACCAGGGCUAGAGAAAGCCCUAAGAGAAAGAUCUGUGCGCGAUUUGUUCCACAAUCUCUCACGGAGGAGCAAAAAGACAUGAGAGUGAGUCAUUGCAAAGACAUGAAAUCUGCCCAAAAAAAGGACCCUGUAUUCAUGUCAUCAAUCGUAACUGACGAUGAAACGUAGUGCCUUCAAUACGAAUCACUCACCAAAAGGCAGAGCGCGACAUGGAAGUCACCAGAUGAGCCGAAAGAGAAGUAAGUGCGGAUGCAGAAGAGUCGAAUCAAAACGAUGUUUACCGUUUUCUUCGAUUCCAAGGGCAUUAUCCAUAAGGAAUUCGUUCCACAAGGUCAGACUGUGAAUGCUCAAUAUUAUUUGGGUAUUCUGCAGAGAUUGUGGAACAGAAUUCAACAUGUUCGACCGGAGUACAAGGAAAUUGGCAGUUGGUUUUUGUUGCAUGAUAAUGCGCCGUCGCAUAAAACCCUAAUUGUACGCGAGUUUUUGGCCAAAAAAAGCAUCAUAACGCUCGACCACCAACCGUACUCGCCGGAUCUAGCGCCGUGCGACUUCUGACUAUUUCCUAAACUCAAAUUAGCGUUGAAGGGGAACACUUACAGUACGAUUCCUACCAUCCAGAAGGUUUCGACCGACAUCCUGAACGCUAUUCCGGCCCCCGAGUACCAGACAUGCUUCGACAAGUUUUAUGAUCGGUUUCAACACUGUAUUGACUCGGAGGGGGAUUAUUUUGAAUAAAUACGAUGGAAGAAAUGCACUGGAGAGCGUCUUCUUUUUUAUUUUUGACCAGUCUCAUCCGAAAUGGGACAGACUGUGUAUUGUCGUGCGUAAUAGUUUCGUAUUAGUUGAGUCACACCAGGGGAUGACACCAUGUUUUUAAAAAAUCAAUAUAUAGAAUCACCUAUAAUUGUCUUUUUUCAUACUUUUACGAACUCUACUAUUGAAUAUUGUUUCUUUCCACUACAAUACUUUACUGUAUCGCCUACAAUUAUAAUUGAUUUUUAUGCGAGUAUCUUUAAUACCCAGGAAGGUAGAACAGCGUUACACUACUGUGCUGCUUGCAAGGACCCCGAGGCAGUUUGGGAUGUUCUCAUAGGAGGCGAUUGCGACGCGAGUAUCUGCGAUAAAAAGGGCAAUCCCGCUGCUUAUUAUCUGGAUCAUAGUUCUGAGAUCGAGUUAUCGGAAGCUGAAAGGACUAUGUCUCGCCGAAAGACGAGCAGUGGAAAAGAAUGUUUGGACUUUAAGCCUUCCAACAUAAGAAUAUGGAUCCAUAACAGGGACAUUGGGAAAUUGCAACAAGUUUUGUGGGAAGGACAUGGGCAAAGACUUCGGGUCGAGACCAGUAAUAAUCUUCGCGUUAAAAGGUUUCUGGAAGCUGUCCCGUUUAUAAUGGGCACAGUAAAAGAUAUCCAUGCAGCAACGGUAGAAAACAAUUUAGAGGAACUGAAAAAGAAAAUUGACUCUACGUCGCCCAUCGUCCUGUGUAGCAAAGAUAGCAAUGGUUUAAACGCCCUACAUAAGGCUGCUGGAUUGGGGUACACGGAAAUUGCACGCGAAAUUCUUGCAAGAUACCCAUCGGUCGUGGAAGCGCAAGACAACGAUGGAAAAACGCCCCUGCAUUAUGCAGCCGCGGUAAAAGACGAUGGAGAGAUGUAUAACUUGUUGACAGAAUACGGGGCUGACGAAAGUAAAUUGGACAAUAAACAAAAAACAGCGGGAUUCUACAAGAAUCGACCUUCAGACGUAGAUCAAACUCUUUUGAACGUGAUACCGGAAGCGCCUCGAGUCUCUAAGCCGUCCUACCCCAAAUACUGGGAUUGGAGGAUUUUAGAAGGUGAGGAAGCAUUGUCGAGAACCAUGAAGAAGGUUGUCAGCAGUACAGACAUUGACAGCGCGUUUGGCAGCGCUGAAUCUGCAUCCAAAGGUUUCAGCAGAUCCAUAGAUCAGAUCAAGAACGUUGAAAACCAUCAAGACCAGCAGGAAAAUUCAGGAAACGCAGAAGAGGCAGAGAACGCAAAAGAUCCAGAAAAAGAAGAGACUAGUGAAAAUGUGGAAAACACAGAGGAUGCAGAGGAAACAGAAGAUACAAAAGACCCAGAUGAAGGAGAAGACAAGGAGGAGCCUACAGAGGAAGCGGCGAAUCCUGAGGAUGGGGAGGAAAGAUCGUCGGAUGACGACGUAGUGACAGGUACACCUGUGCAAGAUGCAGAGGAAGCUUCCCAAGCUGAAAAUGACGAGAAAGAAGAACCCACGGAGGAACCUGCGAAUGAAGCUGAAGAAGAAGAAAACAAAUCAGCAGAUCCCGAGAAAAACGAGGACAUUGACCAGGCGGAGGAUAACAAGGAUCACGAAGAGAGAAACGAGCCAAGCACGGGUGAUUCUGGGGUCGAUGAUCCAGGAAACGACGAAGAUCAGGUCAUCGCAGGAGAACACGAGGAGCUUCCAGAGGCAGAACUGAACGAGGACAGCAUGUCGGCGGAUCCGGAAAUGGAGAAGCUACUGGAGAACGGGAAUAUGGAACAGUUGGCCACUUUGGUUCUCAAUGGAGAUGGAAGGAGAUUGGUUGGCAGGCGUUCGGGGAAUCCUGAGCUCCAGGCUUUCAUCGACCGUGUUCCUUCUUAUAUGGGCAAGAUUCAUGCUGUGCAUAUGGCAGCACGAGAAGGAAAUCUGAGAGAUCUGCAAAGUUCAUUGGAUCGUCGCAAAUUUGCAGUAGCAAGAGAUGGUUCGUCGCCACGCGGUGCAACGCCUCUUCAUGUUGCAGUUGUAUUUGGAAACACUACUAUCAUUAGAUAUCUGGCGGGGAGGUUUCCAGAAACUGCGCAUGCAAUCGAUGCAGAUGGCCGAACACCUUUGCAUUAUGGGGCAACUCUCGCAGACAAUGGUCAUUAUUAUAACCUUCUACUUCAUUUGGGAGCCAAUCCUCUAGUUCAAGACAAUUUCGGGAAAAAAGCGGAGUAUUACAAGCUAAAUCAAACCGAAUUGUCGCAUAAAUUGCUUCUCCGUGCUUUUGGAGCUAAUGAGAAACUGGCGGAUGAAAUGUUGACAGACAAAGUUCCCGGAGGCGACACGUUCUCCGCACGUCGGGACAUAACCGACCCAGAGACACUAGCCACCCUGGAGAGGUGUUUCCGUCUGCUAGCAGGCACCAGACACAGCACGACCCUGAAAUCGCCGGGGACCACCGGUACACUGAUCAGCCGUUGUCUAAAACGGCCCAUAUUCGAUGGUAUCAAGCACCGUGUGACACGCAUGGAUCACAAUCUCUUUGACGUGAUCUGGCCCGCUUUAAAGAUACACGGCAACUCGAGUUACAACAGCAAGGCGAGCAGCGCUUAUUCGCACGUCAGCAACGCUAUCGAAGAGGACCCGUCCUCGACAGCCGUGGCGCCGGACUAUGAGAGCUACAUCGUCUUCUCAGAAUUUUUCGACCCACUGAUCAGGGACAUCCACUGCGUCACCGCCAGUGGCGAUCUUCCUGACCAUCCAGCGCCGAGAUUCUUUUACAGCGAGGACGAGGAAGGCGAGGAGAGCCCAGACACCGUAGACGAGGUCACUAUCUCGGCAAUCGAGGCGUACGAUCUCGAUCCUCCAGCUAAGUACGUUCAAGCUGUGGUGCUGGAAUGCUGUAGGAACCUGGAGAAGUACACGUUUCCCCUAACGCUGACGGUGAACCAAUUGGAGGAGGUGGAACGAGAGAUCACCACCGAGCUGAUGAGCCAAGAGAUUUCUGGGAUAAUGGCCGAGGGUAGCAGCGAAGACGAGCCAGGAACGUACUUUACCCUCAAUGAAAUCCUGGAUCAACCCAGUCCUAUCAGGGCCCAGCUGGCUGCUGCUGGUUUGCUGUUACCAAUCGCAGAUUUUGAUGUACAGGAUGAGAGACGUCUACACGGCAGGCACUGGCCCUAUGGCCGUGGAGUUUACGUUGCCUCUGCUGGGGAUCUAGCUGCCUGGGUGAACGUCCAGGACCACCUGAGGAUCGUUUGUCGGACCAAUGAUAGUAGACCAGGCUUGAUCGGUCGCGCCUACGUGAGAAUGGCGAAAAUUAUGGUGAUUCUCGAUGAGAGAAUGACGUUCAAGAGGGACAAGAAGCUGGGCUUCCUCAGUGCUCGGCCGUAUGCUAUCGGCAACACACUGAGAUUCAACGCCAUAAUACGGUUCCCAGACCUGUCGAAGGAGUUCGAGCACCUGAAACACCUGUGCGUUGUUCGUGGAUUAAGUAUACGCGAAACAGCCAGACAAGACACUGUUAGAAUAGGCAACCAACAAUCCUUGAGCAUUACCGAACUGCAAACCCUUCAGGACUUCUCCAGAGCAGUGUUGAAUAUUUUGAGCUUGGAGAAGGAGCUGACUAUAAAUAGCUCGAUGAAAAUCGCUAAUUUAAUUGCAGGACUAUUUCGAAAACGGACUAGUGCAAAACGUUUUCAGGGUUAACGGAUGAGGAGAGACCGGGGCAGCGUCUGUGAAGACGUUUUACAUCGGUUACAUCAUCGAAGACUUUUACUUUUUUUUUUUUACUGGAAUAAUACGCUUAUACGUGAAAAUUAUCUGUGAUAAUUCUUGAGUCACAAUGUUCGACUGUCGAUUAAUAUAUCAUCUAGCAUAGGCUAGAGCUAUAACCCGAACCGUAUGCCAGAAAAAGGGGGAUCGUUGGAAAGAUGUGUGUGAACAUUACGUCCAUUUCUCGUGCAUCGAGUAACGAUACUUGAGCAAAAUUUCGUUUAAUCGGAUUAACUUCUCAGAGGGGCACUGGAUUGUUUAUUA